GGCGGCUGGGCCCGGGCCGGCGGCGGCGGGUUUCGGCCGCAAUGAAGCUGAGCACGCAGGCCUACUGCAAGAUGGUCCUCCACGGCGCCAAGUACCCGCACUGCGCCGUCAACGGGCUGCUGGUGGCCGAGAAGCAGCCGCCGCCCCCCCAGCCCCGCGGCCGGGAGCCCCCCGCGCUCUUCGUCGACUGCGUCCCGCUCUUCCACGGCACCCUGGCCCUGGCCCCCAUGUUGGAGGUGGCCCUCACGCUGAUUGAUUCAUGGUGCAAAGAGAACAGCUACGUAAUAGCUGGGUACUAUCAAGCCAACGAACGUGUGAAGGACGCCAGCCCAAACCAGGUUGCUGAGAAGGUGGCGUCCAGGAUCGCAGAGAAUUUCAAUGACCCAGCGCUUAUAAUGGUGGACAACACGAAAUUUACAAUGGAGUGCAUAGAACCGACCAUUCAUGUGUACGAGCAUCACGAAAACAAAUGGAGAUGCAAAGACCCCCACUUUGAUUACUGCGAAGACUGGUCAGAAGCCCAGAGGAUUUCUGCCUCCCUUUUGGAUAGCAAGUCCUACGAAACGCUGGUGGAUUUUGAUAAUCACUUGGACGACAUCCGGAACGACUGGACGAACCCAGAGAUUAACAAAGCCGUCCUACACCUCUGUUAGGUUUCCACUGACUUGACUUACUGGCAUUUCCACUCCGCUGAAGAAAGGAAAAGAGAAAGAGGGGGGAGGGGGAAUGUUGUUGAAUGUAAAUAGAGUACGAGCGAGCGGUCCCUUCGUGUGGAAAGCUGAUGAGCUAGACGCAUAACUUGGAAAAGGAAAUGUCGCUGCACAGUCAGACCUUUUUAAUCAGAAACCUUGGGGAUGUGAGCCGUAGAUUGCAGCCUCCACUGUGGGCUCCUUCCCUCCUUAACAUUUUGCUGUUAACACUCAGACCAGGAACGAGAUCUACCUGUCCAAGCUGUUCACGUUUAAAAAAGAAAAAAAAAGGUUUUGACUAAUCUUUUAUAAUCUUCAGAACAUAACUUUUAAAAAGAUUUAUGAAAUAUGUUUGAAAGAGUAAUCUUAAGUUUAUUUUUUAAAAAUUGAAUCUAAAACUGUAAGUUAGGGUGUGUGACCAGGUGGAGAGCUGUUGUUUUUAAGCGCUAACUGCUGGUGGAUUACACUCCGCUGUACUUGCUGCUCUGACACACUCCACAGCAGGAAGCCAAUCGCUUGCAAAGCAAUAUGUCCCCCCAAUGCUGCCAAGUUUCUGAGCCGUUCCAGGAGCGCCACAGUUGCUGCCUGUCCAGUUCAACAUUUUAUUAGCAAGAGCUCUCUCUUGUCCAUUGGAAGGACGUGAAGAUGUUACAGAGAGAAAGCAGUAAAGGGCGGAUUUGAGUGGCAGGUCUGUUUUAUUACAAGCAACACUGCUCUUAAACUUGAGACUAGAAAAGCUGUGUUAAUUUCUUCCGUGCUUCAUUAUUUGUAUAAAUGUCGUCCCCGGAGGUAAGAGGCGCUACAACUGUGCAUUUCGAAUCCUGAAAUGUGUAGCUUUGCUGAGGUAGUGUGUGUUCUUAUAUGCUGGAUUGUCCAGGGGUUUUUAAAAAACAAUGUGAUGGGAUGAAUGUAAGUCGCACGUGCACACCUAAGCACAGUUGUGAGUCUUGCCUGAUCGCUAACUCCCAUUGUCUCUUGCAAGCAGUCUUUAUAAAAUGGGGUUUUAACCAGUUAGUACUGACCCAGUUUUGUCCAGUCAGAAUAGCCUUGUAAUAUAUAUAUAGUGGUCACGUUGCGCGAAGAUAUCUAAAAAGUUUAGUUCUGCUUACCCAUGUUGCUUUAGUUUUUAUUUCUUCAAAUGAGUUUACCUCUCGCUGGAGAAGGUGUGCGGCAUCAGCCUUUGUUUGGUAUAUAUUGUUUUGUUUCAGUCCUCUCGGUAACCUUUAUUUAUAACAUUCUCUGUUAAGGCAGCAGUGAUUUUAUGUUGAACGGAAAAUGUUUAACUGACCACUUGUUCUCUCUUGCUUUUCCCGUCUGCCCCGUCACCUUGAAAUAAAACUCAUAAAUCGUCUUA